CUGGUCUGGCCUCGCUUUCGAUUCUCAGCAGAAGCAGACGCCGGCUUUUCUCAUUCGAAUGAUCUCUUAUGUCAACUAUGGCUGCUGUAUCAGAAACGACCCUUGUGUUGGUGACCGGGGCAUCAGGCUACAUUGCCUCCCACAUUGUGCGACAGCUCCAGGAGGAGGGCUACAGAGUCAGGGGAACGGUUCGCAGUCUAGGAGACGAAGAGAAGGUCAAGCGUCUGAAUGAACUCUGUCCGGAGGCUGAACACAAGCUGGAGCUGGUCGAGGCUGACCUCACCAAGCCAGACUCGUGGGAACCGGCUAUGAAGGAUGUGACGUACGUGAUUCACGUUGCAAGUCCAUUCCCGUCAACGGCCCCUAAGGACGAGGCUGAGUUGGUUACUCCGGCAGUUGAGGGCACGCAGGCCGUCCUCAAGGCUUGCGUCACUGCUAAGUCGGUGAAGCGUGUCGUCCUCACGAGCUCCUGUGUAGCUGUUGGCUGGGGUGCAGGCGUCGAUCUUUCAAAGACUUUCAAUGAAGAGGAUUGGACAGACCCAGAAAAGCUUGACGCUUACGGUAAAAGCAAAACCUUAGCAGAAAAGGCUGCCUGGGACUACGUGAAGGAACUUCCAGAUGAGGAUAAGAUUGAGCUUGCAGUGGUGAACCCAUCUUAUGUUAUGGGUCCCGUCAUAAACGGAUCCCAGAGCAACAGUCUGGAGGUGGUGAAGAGGCUGUUGGAGCGUGAAAUGCCUCUGGUGCCCAAACUGAACUUCAACAUCGUGGACGUCAGAGACGUGGCUAAUGCCCAUAUCAAAGCCAUGACCUUGGAUGACGCUGCAGGAAAGCGUCAUCUCGUCACAAAUGCCAAUAUCUGGAUGAAGGAAAUCGGCCAGAUUUUAUCCAAGGAGUUCAAGUCACAAGGGUAUAACGUGCCAACCACGGGAUGUCCCAAUGCCAUACUGUGGAUGAACAGCUGCUUCAACAAAAACCUAAAAACGCUGAUUCCACAACUGAAUAAAGUCUACAAGUUCGACAACACUAGGAUGAAGGACGUCCUGGGCAUCACACCCAAAGAGCCGAAGGAAAUUGUUAUUGACAUGGCGUACAGUCUUAUAGAGAACGGACUUGUCAAGAAAGCCAAGAAGUACAAGGGACCCAACGGCGGGGGCGAAGAAGUGGCCGAGGAAACUAAAGAGGAAGGCGAGAAGACCGAAGAAAAGGAGGGAGAGGAAAAGCCAAAGGAAAACGGCGACGUCAAAGAGGAAAAGGAGGAAGAAGAUGAUCUGAAAAAGGAAAGUGAGGAGAAAGAAGAAGAAAAACCAGAAAAAAUUGAAGAUGUUGAAAAAGAGGAAGAGAAACCAGAGGAAAAGGAAGAAGGGGAAACAAAAUCAGAGGAAAAGACGGAGGAAAAGAGUGAGGAGAAAACAGAAGAAUCAACGCCAGCUGAAUAGAGAGGGAUACACUGUAAUCUAUUAUAAUGGCUGGUAGAGAGACGGUAUAUUUUCUGGGGUGAAAGUGCUGAUAAGGGAAGUAACUCUUUUAACUACAUAAUGGACCAAGCUGCUUGAUAGUUGAGUUAGCCCGGCCAGUGUUAUUCGGCAAAAACCGACAUCUUUCCCUUUCAAGUCGAUAUCUUGCUUUGUAAACACUGUGAAAUUCAAUUCAGCGUAUUUAAAUGGAAAACUGUCGAAGAUUAAAUGUAUAUAUAUAUAUAUAUAUUCUUAUCCCAGUAUUUGUUAGAAGUCUAUAUAAAAAGCUUUAUGACAAGAUCCAAAUGAUGUUCUUAAGUUCUCAGUAAUGUUUCAUCCGUUCGGCAGCAUACAUACCGAUAAAUACCAUCAAUAGUCAUCAUAUGUAUUAUGUAUGGGCCGAGAUUUCUUUCAGCACUACAAUAUUAACUAUAGCAGACAAGUGAGGAAUGACAGUGGAUUUGUGUUUCAAGUCGGUACAUUCCAUUUUUUAAAUAGUGGAGAAGCAAAGAACUCACGUUGGGAAGGGAUACAAUGGGUUGUUGUCGUUAAAAAAUCUUUUAAAUAAAUGAAAGUCAAUCUUACCUGAAGAUUGCAAAGAAUUGUUCAUGUGAGUGAUAUUUAUGAAGGUUGUCCUAAUUAUAAUAGGUGAAAAUGAUUGUGAAAGUAACGAAAUAACCAAAAUAACAGGGUGAUAUUUAGGUGAUUUCCCUAUUUGUUACUGUGUUAAUAAUUAAGAGAAAUAUGUACAGAACGGUAUUCGCUACACUAAAUAUAAAGUAAAUUGGAAUAACUUCCCGAUCACGAAGAGCUGUAAUAACAUGACCUAAGGGGGACAACUCGUACGCGAGUACACGCCACACGAUUGAUGGAAGGAGAACAGCUACAUGUGUGCUAUAUAUUAAUAAUCUUACCUAUUAAUACAAUCAUACAUGCUGGAUAUUUUUAAUGUAAAAUGCUCAUACAUGUCCAUAAAAUGGACGGUGUUUGUAUAUGUUUUGUCCGUUUAGUGAAGCCAAUGCAUUUGCCUUUCUCAAAAUUUAUUUUUUAAGGUAAAAAUCUUAUUUCUAAUUUUUUAUGAAGAUCACAUCGUGACAGUUUUUGUCAUCCACCUUUCGACAAAGUGAUUUAUACAAUAUAUUAUCUAUUUCUUGCGUUUCUAUGGUAAUUUUUGUACUGCCUAAAUGUAUUAUAUUCAUCUUUUUGAUCAAUCAUUGUUCAUGUGUGUGAUAGUUUGAUUGUGCCCCAGAACCCGCGUUCCCUAAGCCAGAAGAAUGACUUUAGUUGAUUAACAUCUAGCCACGUGACCGGAGGGACGGAUCUAAUGUUUCUUGUCAACCAUUGUUUUGUGUAAUAUAUACCCAACUAGUCACGGGGAUUCCCCUACCUGGUGCAAUAUAUCAAAAGAAAUAUUUGAUUACGGUCACGGGUAUUUUAAGAAAGGAAAUAUUUGUGCUAAAACAUUUAGCAUACAUUUCAUUUGUGUAACGAUGUGAUAAAACUUUGUCUGGUCGACGUUUGAGAACGUUUGCGGGCUGUAAACAAUGAUGAUUUUCAUAUCGUCAAAUAGCCCUCUAUAUAAAGAAAAAUGACCCUCUGAACAGCUACCCGUGUUCAGUACAGUUCAUGUAAAUUACCUUUAUCCUCUCGUGUUUUAAUGGGGUUUCCUUUGAAAAUCUCCGCGAUCCGCAAUGGAAAGCGUGAUGCUGAUAAAUUGCAUGAACCAUGCUGUACAUUACGAGAUGAACAGAAAGUGUCAGCCAUGACUGGUGCACACAGAAUUGUAAUGUCACCUUUCACAUGGAGAACUAGUAAUACUUUUUUUUUUAAUAUGAAUUAUAUAUUCUGAUUAUACAGAUAUAUGUAACAUUAUGUAUGCUUAUGGUAACAGCAAAUCAGUUCAAUGGCAGAUCUAUUGUUGAUGUGACGUCGUACCAGUGUAUUCUCAUCGCAUGCAGACUGUAUCCUAGGGAGGGACAGUUUUACCUUUUUCCUGUCAUUAAAUUUGAAUUUACACCUCCUUUGUAAUAAUAACCAAUGAGGUCAGAUUGGUAUUUUGUAGAAUAGUUAACAAAUAACGAAAUUAUAAAGACAUCUUAGCUUAAGGAAACGUAAGAAUUUUGUCAAGACUGAAAAGUGAGGUCAGUUAUGGUUUUAAUAUCACAAUCAAAGUAGCUUGAACCAUGUCUCUAAGCUAUUGUAAACUAACAAUGUUUUAGAGGAUUUUAUUUUACAUCUUUACUAUGAAAGCGUCUGGAACGCUAUAAGAAAAAGUAAUACCUUAUGGCGUGAUCGUUGAGUAUACUGGUACCCUGACAGAUACAGAAGCUUGUAGCUAGUGUAGUGAUGGUAGUUGUGUUACACCGGAAAUAUAGCAAUAUAUAUAUAAACUGAACUGAUAAUUUACCCACCGAUCGUCGUGAGCUUUCGUCACGAGAGCGUUGAAGUGUACUUGUAGAUACGACUUGCCUGUGAAUGUAGCGCUCUACACGUGAGAGCUCUAGCCAGUGUAUCGUCAGCGACUAAGUACACGGCGUUGUGAUGUUGAGGCUAUUUUCAAGUGUUUCCAUAACAAAUUAUGUAUCAUGAUAUACUCGUUUGCCUUAUAUGUUUUCCGUAUGUGUAUACAAUCCAACAUGUUGCUAAGAAUUGACAUUUUUCAUCUAGGUUUUAAUAUAAUUUUUUUCCGAUUAGAUAAUAGAAUGCAGGAUAUAUGGCUCUAGAGUUUAAUAUCAAAAACGUGGCCUUUCAUAGGUCGUGCAAUGUCCACUACCCCUUUAAAUGUUGGUGGACUGAUCCAUACAAUUACAUGGGAAUGUUCCACUGCAUCAGUUAGGGACAGAAGGACUUACUACCAAUGCAGCAUCUACAUUGCUUUCGAACAGUAGACAACAUUUGAGCGUUUACAUCAUUUAGACACAGAAGAAACAUUACAAAUUGACUCUAUUUUGUUCAUCUGUAUUCAUAGAAACAUUAACAAAACAUUCUCUUCAUUUGUUUUUCAUUCGAAUAUGUGUAGGUUAUUGUCUUAAUGAUAAAUAUUAAGUAUUCGAUGUUAUGAAAUAGUAACAUUUAUAAACCUUUUAUUAAUUUAUUGGUAUUUAGACAUCAUUUCUGUAUACUAAGAGCAUAGCUUUAUGUAUGUCACCGUAUAUCAAGAAAAAUAAAAUAACUUUGUUUCAAUCACA